CGGUGCCUGCGUCAGUUGCGUGCGCGCAGUCGCUGAGAGUUGACGUGACGACGGUAUGCCGCGAUGGCCGACCGGACCGAACCCGCCGGUGCCCCGGGAUUCACGACCGUUUCCAGUCUCAAAUCAGACCAUUCUACCGAACAGUUGAUAUGCAAAUCCCCUCAGAAAAAUGUCAAAAAGAGUGUUAGUUCUAAGAGUGUCGAAGCCAGGAGUGAAAAAGAGAAUGGGGGUAGGAGAAGGAUUGUGGUGUUUCUGGGGUUGGGCCAGGUGGUGCUAGGGGCCUUGUUGUUGGGGGCCGGAGCCAUGGCGGUGGUGAAGGGGGCGGCCCUCUCGCGGGUGGGCGCGGGGCUGUGGGCCGGCUGCGCCGGCGUGGUCGCCGGGGUGGUCGGCGUGCUGGCCGGGAUCAACGAUUGCUAUGGGCUCAACGGAGGACCUGCUGGAGGUGGCCCAUUGCUGACGGCGUUCUUGGCAUUAUCGCUACUGUGCCUCGCGUGCGGGAACAGCGCGGCCGUGCUCGCCGCGACCGGGUUGCAGCGGGACUCCACCAGGCAGCCGCUCGUUCUCACCACUUUCCAGGAUGAAAUGGCCGCUUGGUCUCCAGUGCUCGCCAACAUAGCCGUCCUCAUCAUCGCGUCUGCGCACUGCGUCCUGUGCGUCAUCAGCAUCUACCACGCGGCGCGCCGCGUGUGUCCCUGCUUCAAGCGCAAGCAGCCCUUCGACCACAACCAGUUCGACCCCGGCAAGCCCUUUAUCAUCAAUGUGGAGGAUAAAGAGAAGGUCGGCGAGCUGUGCAAGGAUCUGGGGAAGGAUUUGGAGGGGAAGCUCCAGGGGGACGCGGUUGUGAAGAGGAAAAAGGACAGCGCAGCAGAGCCACCGGGCGAGUUCGGCAGCGCCAACAGCAAGGAGAAGCUGGUGAGCCACUGGCUGGGCCACCACUCCACGCUGCCCGCGCCGGGGGCCAAGCGUCGCGGCGUCAGGAAGCAGAGGAAGCCGCCGCUGGUGCUGUUGCCUGCUCACCAUGCUACCACGCUCGGGCGCAUGCCAGUGGGUGUGAUGAUGCCGCCCGCGCCGCGCUACGCCACGCUGCCGCUGCCGCCGGCGCACUAUCAUCCGUCGCACGCCCCGCCGCACGCGCCGCUCUACUUCCCAGUGCAUGACGCUCGCUUGAGACGCAGACGCUCGCCUCGCUCGCCCCGACACGAGCGGCGGCGCUCGAACGCUCGGCGCGAGCGCGACUCGCAGCUCACGCGCUCGCUCGAACGCAUACAUCGCAAGCGGCGAGCGGAGCGCGAGCGAAUGUCUGACGCCGACUUGAAGAGGACCUACACCGGCCUCGACAGGGCCUACGCCGAGCAGUUCAUAGCGGUGAUCGACGAGACGCGACACGCGGCGGAGCACCACGACUCCCUCACCUGCACCAGCAGUGACUCCUCACCGUCUCACUCCCAUGAGGAUCUGUAGCUUUCGCCGAGGGUUUCGGGUCCACGUCGGACCUACAGCUUAUGGAGUAUGUGCUAUUAGAGGCGCAUGAAAAGAAACAGCUAAAUUGAAAGAAGUACUUACUGGAUAUGAUCAAAGAGAUCAUUAUUGCAGGCAUUAGAGACAAAACGAAGAAAGUUUAAGGUUAUGUAAUUAGAUGAAAAGUCAAGGAUCGUAGUCGCUGUGGUGCGUUUUAUUUAUUUUAUUAUUAUUUGGAUGUGUCACAACACUAAGCUAUAACUUACGGUUAAAUUAGCUGUCUAAAUACUCGUUGAUUUAUUGACUAACUGUAAAAAUAUCAUACCAAACUAAACCGAUAGCUUUAUGCAAUUUGAUUUUAUUUUAUUGUAAAUAACUAACGAAUAUCUCACUAACUCCGCACGAUUUAACUAACAGUGUAAACUUAUAAAGGCUUGUAAUAGAAAAUAAUGCGUACUCUAAAUUUUUAAAUGCCAAAUGUUGUAGGGUUCCGACUCAAUAACAAAUAUUUAGGUAAUAUGCAUUUUACCUACGAAUAACACACAUAGAUUUAUUUUGCAGCACGCAGAUUUUUCUUAUUACAAUCCUAGAUAAAAGGAACAGUAAAUACGUGGAAUUCAAACACCGUAUCCACAGGCAGACCAUACAUAAAACACCAUUCACCAGUUUUAUUAUACAUUUGUUACAGAUUCAUAAACAAAUUGUUAAUUUUCCGGACAAAAAUUUAGCGAGAGGCUUUACAAUACUUCAGUCUAAUGAUAAUUUUUGCCCAUAUUACCUAAUAAUAAAAAUUCGAAGGCUGCCUGUGUCUACUACACCGUGUCUUACUAACAUCACUUUACUAAACGUCGUUUAAUCGAGUUUAUCGUCAAGUAUCUGUGUUAUACUGUACUGUACUUUAAGACUUAUUUAAGUAGUUUGUUAGUCAAAUGGAUGCGAGCAUUUUUCAUUCAUUUCAUAGAACUAUAAUUAAAAAAGGUUAAAUUUAAAUCACAUAAUAUACAUAUUUAUUUUACAACUACAAUUCAUUGGUAAAAUAAAAACAGCCCCACUUUAAUCUAAUCCAUGAAAUAUUAAUUCAGUGUAAACUGAAACCAACACAUCUUCACAAAUAAUGGAAAACAACUACGAAAUAACUCGCUCUAAACCAUUUCUUUUCAUCCUAAAGGUUGGCUACCUAGUAGAUAUUGUUUUAAGUUCGUAACCUACCCUUUUCGGGUUGGCCUAUAAAAAAAUAUAAAAAAUUAAAAAUAUUUAUUUUCGGACAAUAUGAAUCCAUUGUGUUAGUAAUCUUAAAAACGAAUUGUGUUAGUACUUAUAUUCUACUAGGGAUUUAGCAAUUUUUAUUAAAUGGCUAAUUAGAGGACAAUCUCCACUAUCGGCUAUCGCCUUCAGGGCGCUGUUGCUGCCCCCGCGCACCCCGCGCAGCAGUAACGCAACUUUAGCAUUCUUCCGUAGAAUAGCUGAAAAUACUAUCUGCUUGUGCGUGAGCAAACAUAGCUGAGGCACUGCAAUAGCGCGCAACCCCAACAGCGCCCUUAAGGCGUUGUUAUACUGCACACGCAGGGUGUUGUACGAUGUCUUUGUGUAGUUAACCCACAGGCUUCCCGCGUAGAAAGAAGUGCAGUAGGCUUUGAAAAGCGUUAUUUUAACUUGUACUGAACAGCGGGAGAACCUACGAGCCAGCAUAUUCGCUCUAAUAGACGCCCUGUGUUCGCGCUCCAUGUCUACAGCAUCUCUUAGAUCAACUGUUACCUGUGACCAAGGUACUUAAACUGACUUGUGGCUUGUCAUACAGUCUAACCGGAGGAACAACCUUAGGCCUAUAAACAAAUGUCAAAAUUUUAUGUAAAGAAAUAUACUUGGAUGAAAAAUGUUUACAUUCAAUUAGCAAUAAUAUUAGAUAUAAUCUAUCUGUAUGUUUGUACAUAUGAAACGAAGUCCUAUGUACCUAAACGGUGCCAAAUUAUAGCCAUAUGGCUGGCGGGAAAACCAACGUGUCCAAAAUUUGCUCAAUUGUUGUUCAAACGAAGUUUUCUUAGAUUUAGAAAUGAAUAUUAUUCUUUUUAUGUUGUAUUAAAUUGUUAUUCUUUGAAUUUUACUUAUUACUAGUUGAUUUAUUACAGAAUAUUUGCUGUGUGCGUAACUUCGAAAAUUUGAAAUUAUUGGUAGCUAUAGAAGUAUUUUUUUAUUUAUAGAUUAGUUUAAUUAAAAUUAAUGUAAGAAUCAGACAUUGUUAAUGAAAAUACCAUCAUCCCACAACCCACAAGUUUCUGAGUGACGCGCUUGCGCGUGGUUAGCGACGGAAAAGACUAUGGUUAAGUGUUAUAGAAGAUCUUUAUCAAGACGCGUGCGACUCGGCCGACGCCGAAAUUCAACGCCACUAUUAAAAAAGGUUUUCUGUAAGACUGAAAUUAUGAUCUACUUUUCUGUUGAUAAUCGCACUUGAGUCACUCGUAUUUUCAUUAAUAAGACAUAUAGAUUUUUUUGGAGGAUAUGGAAGGAACCGGGAUAUUUUAUUAUACUAAAUGUAUUUGUAUUUAAUUUAUAUAUGUUAAGGUUUAUAUCCCUUAUCUACGUGAAAUCACAAGACAUAACUGUACAUAAGUUAGAUUUUUGUACAUAACAUAUUUCUUUAGAACUUGAUUAGCUGUAACUUGUAACAUAUCAUUUAAACUCGUGUCUAAGCUAGAUUUUAUGUUUAUUGGUCUAUUUUAGUGACACAUUUGAGACAUAUUUAUUGAAAAGAAGUUUUAAUAUAUACAAGACACCACAGUGUGGGGUAUGUGAAUAAACAUUUUAAUUAUUAAUAACUC